CAGCAACGCGCUCGAUCUCAGCUCAGCUGGUUUGUUGUUGUCGGAGCUGACUGCCGAAAAUUACAAUUUUUGCACAUUCGCCAAUUGGGGUUUUUGAGUCUGACGCGGUCGCUCGGUGUCUAAACAACGUUGUGCGCUGUGUUACCCGUAGUUUACACAACAAUUCCGAUUUACCUUUGGCCGAGAAAUGUGCGUUUAGCGCCUCAUUUUGAUUUAGAUACCAACGGGCGCUACACAUUGAGGCAACUCUCAUCGAGAGGUCGUCGUCGCCAGCUUCGUGACCUGCUUAUCCGAGAUGAGAUUGCUUGUGCUGCUGUGGCUGCCGCUGCCAUUUCUAAGCAGCCUCUACUUGUGCAUCGGUUAUGCAACUACCACUAAGGUAUCUACCCCUCGCGGCGUUGCACAAUACAGGCUCCCACAGCCCGCGCCACAGCCAGCACCAGUACCGCCAGCCAGUGAAGCUCUACAAAUGAGGACGGGAGGAGCUGCUGCGCGGAAUGAUACGAGCCAGGCCAGAUCACAGACUCAAACGGCAUCAAACCAGCGUAGGCGCACACAGAUUGUCCGGCGACGCAGGCCGGUCAGCCGAAACCUCAGUUCCACCUCGACCACCACAUCAACGACGUCCACGACAACCACAUCGACCACGACAACGAGUACAACAACGUCGCGUCCCAGCUUGGCCAACGGCUUCAAUUUCUUCAAUCCGAGCUUCUGGAGCUUUGGACAGCAGAGUUUGGUUGCAGUUCGGCCGCCAACCAAGCAACCCCAUCCGCCCAAGAAGUUUAGCUCCAAGGAGGAAAAGAUCGGCUAUCGAAAGCCACCCAAGACCACCAUUAAACCCAGAUCCAGCCCGACCACAAGGGCAACCACAACCACAACCAUGAGGCCAUCCACAGAUGGUCCAUUUCGCAUUGCUCUGCCCACACUGACAUUUCCCAGCGGCGAGGCCAAGGGGCGGGAUAGGGAGAAGGAGAAACGGGCUGCUGCUGAGCUGCGCCUACGCUUCAACUGCCCACGGGAAAACGAGGUGCGCUUCCAGUUAUUCCCGAAGAUUUGUCAGACGGACAAGGACUGCGCCGUUUGGCAGCGGGACGAGCUCUGCUGCGACAUCUUCGGGGCCAGCAGCUGUGUGUCCGGAGUGCCGAAGCCCCUGGAGGAGGCGGUCCAUGCACCCAUACUCGGCCUGAUACCUCGCAAGUGCCCCACCAGGCCGCUGGCCGAGCUGUGGUGGGAUGUCCAGGAAUGCAGCACGGAUAUGGACUGCUGGCCAAGGGUCUGCUGCCCCGAUGGGCGCAGACGGUACUGUCGCACCUCCCAGCCAGAGCUGGGAACGGCCCCGGUUCCAGUCAAGCGCUCCUUUGACUAUCUUACCGAAUAUCUGGAGUGCACCGCCCCACCGCCACCCAUCUUUGAUCUGCAUCCAAAGGCGUGCACCUCGACGCUGGACUGCUUCCCAAAUGUGUGCUGCCAGGAGGCGGGUCUCCGGCACUGUCGUCCGCCCAAGAAGUCUGUGCUCACACUGAUGGCCAAUUUUCUCAACGUGGACUUCGUGAAGCGACUGACACAGAACAUUGUUAUCAAAUAAGCCCGGCACUUCUAACCCAGUGCCACCAAUCGUAUAUGUACAGGUAUAUGUACAAUGUAUAUAUGUAUGUACGAGGGUAUAUAAAGUCGAAUCUACUCUGUGUGUGUGUGUUAUUGUACCUUCGUUUCAACAAUUUCAAAACUGCCGCCGUGAUAUCUAUCUCGUUCGUAUUUGUUUACCUACGCUGAUAAACAGAACGAAUCAUACAUACACACACGAUGUAGGCGUAAGUACUACGCAUUAUGUAUGUAUACCGAACAGAUCCGUUCCCCAUCUAAGCCAGCACCACCUAGCCUUCUAGUAUUAGAUAUA